AUGCCUCCACGUGGCUCAGUCUGCGCUGCUGUUUACCUCACGGUAGAGCUGCCUAGAAAAUUGGAAAAGAUACGAUUGUACUUAAUAAAGAAACUGCAGCCAUGUUUGGAAGACAGAAGGAGGUAUCACCAGGAGUUCGCCUCAUCCACUUCAUUUCAUGGAGUGCAAAAUAUUGUCCGAAGGCGAAGCCGGACACGCAGAGGGCUGUGGCUGUUAGUGGUCACAGGCUGUCUUAGCAUCGUCAUUUGGCAAAUCUGCAGUCGCUUUACCUAUUACUUCAGCUGGCCAACCACAACUACAGUGGUAGUUCAGUACGUGGAAAACGUCAAAUUCCCUGCUGUGACUUUUUGCAACUUGAACAGGUUUCAAGCUCAUGCAGUAAGCAAUCUCCAAAUCAUUUUUCUCCUUUGGAACCUCGUGUCUGGAGUUGUCCAGAAAUUUUCUAUGGAAGACAAAUUUUCUCAAGAGAUAAAUGAUUUUCUUCUUGGAAACCAGAACUUCAGCAUUAAAGAGUUUACAAGGAAAAAUGGGUUUUAUCUAAACCACAGCACAUUGCUAGAAUGUGAAUUCUUUGGAAAGACAUGUCACCCAGAGGAUUUUGAACAUGUUUUCACUGAAUAUGGAAACUGCUUUACUUUUAAUUACAAUGGUCUUCCAGCAAGAAGUGUGAGUUUGUCUGGAAGAGGCUUACGUUUACUUUUUGAUGUCCAACAGGAGCAAUUCACUGAUGAUCCUGCCCUUGGUUAUACUGAUGCUGGCAUCACUUUUGUUAUCCAUUCACCCAAAGAGGUUCCACGCUUUGAUGGUUUAGGUUUAUUAACACCAGUCGGCAUGCACGCACAGGUUGCAAUCCGCCAGCUGAAGUCAAUUAUCCAAGAAUACCCAUGGGGAGAGUGCAAGCCUGAUAUAAAGCUUCAGUACCAGAAUACUUAUAGUACAAAUGGCUGUUUGCAAGAAUGCAAGGCCCGGUACAUACAGGACUGGUGUGGCUGUUUGCCUUUCAUUCUGCCAGGCAAUGGAACCGAAUGUGAUUUGCUGAAGUUUUACAAUUGUGUUUAUCCUGCAGUCUCUGAUAUAGAGAUAAAAGGAUUGUGUACAGUAGGUACUCACAAUUCCACUUGCCCUGCCCCUUGUGAAGAAAUGGAGUAUCCUACCACUGUCACCUAUUCAAGUUUUGGAGGAGAAAAUGCCAUAAAAUUCAUUUCUGCAAAACUGAAGAAAAGCCCAGAAUACAUCAGGCAGAACCUUGUGCUUAUUGACAUUAAGUACCAUGAUCUGAGCUACAAAAUAACUCAGCAGCAGAAGGCCUUGUCUGUAUCUGAGUUGCUUGCUGAUGUAGGUGGCCAGCUUGGAUUGUUUUGUGGUGCCAGUAUGAUUACACUCAUAGAAUUGCUUGAGUAUAUUUUUACUAAUUUCUGUUGGAUGUGCAUCUUUCUUCUACUGAAAGCUCCUGAAAUGCCUCAAUGGAAUAAUCCAUUCCAGAACCAACCAACACACAAGGAGAAAAAUACAGGAAUACAAAAGGAGAAAAAUACAGGAAUACAAGAAUGUUAGUGGCUUGUAGACUCACAAAAUAAAAUGUUUCUGCUACUUUCCUGCCUUUUUAAGAUGCAAAGGAGACAGUAAUAUCUUCCAAGGCUCUCUUCCUUUAGUCUUUCUGCUUCAGUUUAGCACCUAGAGCCAUGUCACUGUGCUAGACAAUUUUUUAAAGAAUGAACUUUGGAAAAGCUUGCUUUCUUUGUCAUGUAAUGAAAAAUGUAAUUUUUACCUAAAAUUUUAUUUAAAUUACCAAUUUUUAUUAAUAGCACAGCAAGUGUUAUUGACAUUCCAUGCAAUUUUGCAUUUCUGACCCAGUUUAUCUUCUGUAUUCCGAGUGAGGAGAAAUAAUACAGAUGCCAGAUUAACACACAAGAAAUUUCUUAACCAUCAUAAAGGCGUAGCACUGCUAAGCUGAAAAAGCAGAUUCUGUAUUAACAACAAAGUCUGUGCUCCUAGGUUUACAUGUUCCAGCAAAGGAUAUUGUAUCAAAAUAUACGCCUAUCAAAAUAUACCUAAUAACUGCUACAGUACAUUGUCUGUCAGAAAUGCAUCAAAAAUAUUUUUUAAAAUCUCACAAAUCUGUCAACUACUAUAAAUACAAAACUGAGAAACCUAGAGCAUCUGGGUAGAUGACAAGAGGGCAAACAUAGGCCAAGUUCAUGUUGUUGGACUCUAGAGACUGCAAACAGACCUGUUUUCCUUCUAUUAUUUUUAAUAGACAUAAAAUUGUAUGAUAUAUGGCAGAGUUCUAAUUUAAUUGCCAAAAAGAUUGCUUCAUUAUGUCAAUGAAACUACUGACCCCACAUUUUAUAGAUCAUUGACUGAGUUUAUCAUUGCUGGAAGCAAUAAAACUUCAGGAAGGCUCAGUAGGACUGAACAACAAAAUUUCAAUGUUUAAUGUCAUAAAAGAGGAUAAUUAAGACUAAAGGCUUAAUCUAUGUCUUACUAAAAUCAGUGACAGUAAGAAUUCGGUGGCUUUAGUGCUGAGUCAGGCUUCCUGAAAGUUUAUUUAUUUAAAAGUCCUCAGAAAAGCUGCUGUACUUUCCUACAUCUGUGUGGGCCCUUGGAGCAGUGCUUUAGAGUCUCCUGUUUUUAAAGAAGGUUUUGGUGAGUAAAUAAACUUCCAAAGAUGUUCAAUAACGUAGAGUAAAUAGAUACCAUUCCCACACAAACAUACUACAGACCAUAGAACAGGAAGUGUGCACUGGGUUGGCGGAGUUACUGGGGGGGUGGUAUUUUUUUUCUUUUAAAGUACUAUUUUAGAAAACUUCAGAGUCACUAAAAACUGUGAAAGUUAAUAGGAUAAAGAAAUGUAUUGAAGAUACCAUAUACAGUGAAUUUAUCUAGAUGGUGUCUCUGGAUACAGCUCUGAACAAAUCCACACUUGGCUAAGCAUCUUGCCAGAGACUCAGAGCUUUUGGAGGUGCCAGAGCCUGGGUGGAGACCCUUUAGGAGAGGUAGACAUAGAACCAUCUUAUAUAAAAUGCACCCAGGACUGAAUUUAAGAAUAUGUGAUAAAGGGCUAUCCUGAUUUGAAGCACUGACUUCUGUUCAAUUAGCUCUGUGAGAGCAAUAGGUAACUUUAUUUAAAAGCCUACUGAUAAUUGCCUAUACUUCAGAGUAGCACUGUACAGACUUAAUUAACUUUGCUAAUCAAAGCAUUUGAAGUCCAACUAGAAAGCUCACACUGACUACAGCACCAGACCUUCUGAACCACUGCUCCCCAUGCUCUUAGUAUGGGUGCUCUCACACCAAUACUGUGCCUGAAACACCAGGUACAGUCAGCCACAGCCAUGCUCUAUAAACCGUGCUGUUCUUCCAUACCAUCCACUCAACUUCAGCAACUAAUUAUAGAUCAUUUUCUGUAAAGAAGGUAGUAAAUGGACAUGCUAAGCAUCUAAGUUCUUAGAGUUAAUUAUAAAAUAAUGAAAAUGCUACCGUUUGGCCAUCAACAGCUUCCC